AUCUCAAUUGAAGUUAAUCUAGUAUUAACUAGGAAACAAAACGAAAUGGCCAACAGAUCACUGAAAUAUUUUCAUUAUGGAAAAUAUCAUCUCGAAAAGGUUGGUCACGAAUACGCGAAUUAUAUAAAAUCCGGCAAUUUACUGAAGAAUGGUCCAUGGAGUGUGAUGGACAUUGGAUGUGGUAGUGGUCGAGUGUUGCAGGAAGUAUUAAUCCCAUUAUUAAAACCCAGUAUCUCAGAGAUCGUUGGAAUUGACAUGGAUUCGAAUAUGAUCGAAUUUUGUCGUUCAAAGAAUCAAAACCCGAUGGUAUCUUUCCAUACAAUGAAUAUUACUGAUGAAAAGAUACCACUAUACUUACAGAAUAGAUUCGAUGUACUCUUCUCAUCCUAUUGUUUCUCUCACGUGAGAAACUUGAGGUUAGGAUUCGAAAACUGCUCCAAAUUGCUGAAGAAAAAUGGAGAAUUGUUUUUCAUUUUUCAGUACAAAACUCAUGCACUUUAUACAACUUAUAAAAAAAUGAGUGGUAUCUACAAAUGGAAGCUAUUCACUAAAGAAUACAACAGUUUUGCUCCACAUUUUAUUGGUGCAGAACCUGAGGUAGAGUUGAAAAGUAUCAUCAAAGAUGCAGGUUUGACUCCACUUCAUCAUAAGUUUGAACCUGAUUUUUGCAUCGACUUAACCAAGAGACAACUUCUGGGUAUUUACGAGUCUUUGGAUGCUAAAAUCGAUGAACUGCCAGAAGAUCUACAGAAGGAUUAUAGAAGGGAUUUCCUGGAGAUUAUGAGUGAAGUAACUAAUGUAGAUUUUGUAGAUCAAGACUCACUGGACGAAUCGAUAAAAUUCAAUGUUCCUACGGUGUGUUUGCAUGUCAAGAAUAUAGAUUUGUGAAAUCGAUCAAUUUUCGAGUUUCUAUUUUGAUAAAUCGUGAGGAGCAACUGUUUUGGUGAUGUUGAAACUGUUUGAAAACUUAAAGCUUGUCUUAUA